UUUGUUGACGUUUUGUUUUGAUUUGUUUAUAUUAUCUGUCAAAAAUUGGGCGUCGAUUAGGAUUGGUCGUAGGUAUCGCGGGAAUUUUAAAUAUUUUUGCACAGCUUUUUUAUCUUUUAAUUAAAUUGUAGAUAUUAGCAUUAUAAGAUUACAUUGUGUGACAGAUUUUUAUGUGUCAUACUCCAGUUAUACAAAGACAUUUUUACCCUUCAUUGUACAUACAAUUUAUUUUUCAACGGAUUGAAAAUAAAAGAAAUUGAAUUAAAUUAAACAAGUGUCAUGUAUCUACUAUUUUAAAAACCGUCAAAGGCAAAUCAAGUCGAGUCAAGAUGACUAGAUUACUUAAGGGUUAAAUUUUUGCAUUAUAGAUAGCAACUUGUUACGAAACCAACAUGCCCGAUGAAUUCUUCAAGAAGAGGGCCGGCACCACAGACCGCGGCAAAGACUAUGAAGACCUGUUCAUCUCCUACAUCAUUUUAGACUUCAUCUUCGACGACGAAAUCCAAGACUUCCAAAUCUCCUCAAACGACGAAAGCUUCGGUGCCUUCGACGACAUCGUCCUCGAAAUCACUUGGAGAAAUGAAGAGAAACCCAAGGACUCUUACGCUCUUCAGCUGAAGCACAGCGCCCGGCCCUUAACCCUGAAAAACCUGAUAACCAAAAGCGGGGACUUUAGUGUCAGGAAGUACCACGCGGACUUCGUGAAACUGAAACAAGACGCCUUCAAAUGGGUUAUUUUAACAAAUCGAAAAUUUAAUUAUAACGAACGAGAAGCAAAGAUUAGGAUAGAAGGAGAUGAUUUUGACGUGAAGAUCGUGAAGUAUGAACCUGACGAAGAUUUCAUGAAGUUCUGCGAGAGGAGAUGUUUUUAUCAGUUUCGAACUGUGAAGAAUGAUGAGGUUGAAGACGUUUAUGAAGAGUUUUUUCAAAAGUUUUUUCUGUGUACGAAUCAACUGGACGUUUUUCAAAUAGAGGCGGCUGCUAUAGAUAAAUUUAAGAAGUUUUUUGACUGUGGAGAGAGGAUUUUUCGUGACUACUACAAAUUUGUAACGGAUUGGAGCAUACGAGAAGGAAGAAAGGUGAAGUUGAAUAAAGGUUUGAUGAAAGAAGUAAUAGCGGCUCAAGUUUUGUCGCCUUCUAUCAAAGUUGUCACUUCUGUUUUACAUAAAGAAGCAGAAGCUGGAGAGUCGCUUCUUUUGGAUAUUAUGUCCAAGUUUCACGUAACAUAUUUUAUAGAAGAAGAUUUUGAAACUUUGUCCAAGUUGUUGGGGGUUGUUGUUCAGAAAUUUAAAGAAAAUAAAGAUAUGUUGAAAGAAGUUAGUAUCACUGCUCUUAAGUACCAAGUGGUUUCAAGUGGAAUCAAAGAACUAGGUUCUUUGAGUGACGAUAAAUGUAACUUACUUCUUUGGAUCUUUAACCUUGGUCACUUGGUUGUUAAAGGAAACGAAAGUGUCAACAAAGCCUUAAGUUUGUGCCAAAACAAGAAAUUUAUUAUUUUGUGCCAACGAAGCUGUGAUAGUUAUCAGAGUUCGUCAUUUAAGUAUUUAUCAAAUUUGCAACCACAAGAUGUUCAAGAUAUAUCCAAAACGUUCAAGUGUGUUUUUCAAGGAAAGAAAGAAAUUACUUUAGAAAGUCUUCUUGAGUGUAGUCACAAUGUAUUAAGUGUAGUGACAACAAGUCAUCUUCUUCAAAUGGUAUAUCAUCAGUUCUCCGUUGGAGAAGAAAGUGAAGAUCUUCCAAGCCCUUACAUUCGGCGGUCCGUGUCCAGACUUUUUCUAGAUUUUAAAUUGUUAAACUCAAUUGUCGCCAAGACCCUGCUAAUCAUCAUUGGAUGGAAACCUACUUUUAAAAAGUUUAUCAAUCACGAUAUCAAUGUUAUCAACAUCGAAGAACUGUCAUUUGGGGGUAAACCAGAUGGCAAAAGCAUAUACGUUUGUGACGAGUGUUCCAAAGACACAUUCGACACCAUUUGCAACAACUUUCAAAAUUUGAAUUGUCACCAAUUCAGAAUUGAUAACGAAAAACUUGAAUGGGUACGAAGCAAAGAUGGCGUUUCCGCUUUAAAGAAGUUUCUAAUAGAAGACAAUUUUAUAGAAGAAUGGAAACUUUUAGAGUAUGAAGAAGACAAUAGUCUUAACUUAAUUUGUGCCGAUGCCGGAAUGGGCAAAACCACUUUGUUGAAGAACCUGAAGAACAACUACUCGACGGAUUUUUGGACGAUUUUAGUGUACCCGAAGGACCAUUCGAAGUAUUUUCGACAAAACGGAGACGAUGUGGAGAAAUUCGUUGCCUACAUUUUAGACAAAGUGGGGUCUAAGUACACCGACUUAGAAAAAAACUUACUAAAGAUUUUUUAUCAAGAACAACGUGUUUUUUGGGAUGCUUUAGACGAAACCUCUGACGAUAAUUUCGAAGUGAUUGUUAGAAUCAUCAUCGAACUGAGAAGACGCGGGUUCAAGCAAUGGGUAACAUCCCGGAAUAAUUUAGAAUCUUGUCUUGAAAAUAAAUUCGGUGUUUUGUCACGAACCAUCAAGCAGUUCGACGAAGAGGAACAAAGACUGUAUAUACGAGAAAGAUUGAAGUGUUGUCAAGACGAUUUAGAGGAUAUUUUUGUUAAGAUUAAUAAAAACAUCCAGCUCUUUCGAUAUAACCAAAUUUUAGGAAUCCCUCUUCAGAUUUACAUGUUUACCGAACUUCUGCUCACAAACUGGAAAAAAUAUGAAACACUCCUGGACAACAUUUUGUCUUUGACGGAUUUAUACGCGUGCUUCGUUGACGAAAAAUUCAACGUUCUUCACCAAGAAAAAGAGAACUUUGACGGCUGGAACGACAUGGUUUACAAACGAAACCAGAAAUUCAAAAAGGAUAGAAUCAGAAUGUAUGAGAUGGUAGCUAUGAAAUUACACUUCCCUGGUGUUUUACAAAACGUCAAUUGUGAUACUUUUUUAGAAGAAAUCAAGACUGAGGCGGAUUCUGUGGGAAUCAUCACCCACGUAUCAGACGACAGCGUUCCAGACUUCUGGCACAACUCAUACAGUGAGUACUUCGCAGCUGUACAUCUAUCAGAACAUACUGACUUGCUUGGAAGCAUUACCAAGAUCUUUUUUGACAAGAAAAACACCAACAUUCGUUUCUUUUUUGAUUUGAUAAUGGCAAAAGGACGUCCAGCUCAUGUUUCAGUACUGUAUAAAAAUCUAGAAGCGCUAACAAGUUGCGAAGAUGAAGAAUUAAGAAGUAAAGACAGAAUUGGAAGAAAUGUGUUACAGGUGGCGUGCUCUUGGGGGGAGCACUUCUUGGAUUUGUACCCAGAGAGACUCAGCAAGUGGGAGUUUUUUAACGUCAAGUAUAAAGUGUUUGGGAUAUUUGCAGACUCUGUUAAGAAAGAGAAUGAAGAAUAUUGUAGAAUAGUGGAGCAGCUUGUGGAAAAGAUCAAUCCCGAAGAAAGAGAUUGUUUAUUUAAAUUUAAUGCCUUCGAGUUGGCAGACCGCUCACAUUGCUUAACACCUCUAAAUCUUCUGUCAAAAAAAUACGAUCUUCCUCUUCACACUUUCGAGAAUUUCAAAGAUGUUGCUACUCUUGUGUAUUACGCUUGCGUAUUUGAUUUGUCACACCUUCUUGAUAUUAUGAAAGAUUUACCUGUCGUGGAAGAUGAGUUUGAAUCGUCUGUCUUAUUUGUGGCUGUAAAAUACGGUUCCUUCAACAGUUUGACAAAACUUAUGAGAUCUUCGUACUACAGAAACGUAAUGAAGAACAGUAAAGUCGAUCUACUGAAAUCGGCAUUCGACAACAAACACCACAAUAUCGCAGAAUUUCUCUUAACCCAAAACACCUUUCAAACCGAUCUCUUAAACACCCUCCUUCUAAAACACAUAGAUUCUGACAUUACUCUCGUGCAGCUUCUUGUCGCUAGUGGUGCAGACAUAAACGUUACCAAUGAAGACGAUGAUACUCCACUACGCCUCGCUUGCCUUUACCAAAACUACGAAGCCGCCCUUUUCCUAGUUGUUCAAGGCGCUCAAGUACCAGAAAACGCCCUUUUGCGCGGUUGCGGCCACAAUGGCGACAUUACGGAGCUCCUGAUUCAAAAUGGCGCUAAAGUGAAUGUUGCGGUGGAAGGCAAAACUCCUCUUCUUCAUGCUUCCGAGCGUGGAUAUUUCGACACGGUGGAAGUUCUGGCCAAAUACGGUGCUAAACUGAAUGAUGGGGACCGUCUGGGAUGUAGACCUAUACACUAUGCGUGCAUCAAAGGCCGCAGAGAUGUUGUAGAGAAAUUGGUGGACGCUGGGGCUGACGUUAAUGUGAAAAAUAGGUUCGGGUUUGUGCCGCUUCACUAUGCUUGUGGGCAGCAGUUUAUGGAUGUGGUGGAGCUCUUGGUUGAGAAGGGGGCGGUUGUGGACGUGAGUGAUGAAGGUGGGGAGACGCCGUUGGGUUAUGCGGUGUCGAAAGGGAACCAGCGGAUGAUCGAGGUGUUGAGACGUGGACAAAUGAGUGGGGAACGUGAAGGUGAUAUGUAAGGCCUUAAAGUUUGAUGUGUAAUUUUGAGAUUUUUUUGUUAUUACGUAGCAGCUGAUUUAGAUCUGUUUUAAUGAAGACUAUUUUGUAGUUUAUGCUAAUAAAGUCUAUUUUCUCGUUUUAUGAUUAAA